AUGCAGGCAGUAAAAAACACCAUUGCCGAGAAUUUCGGUAAAGUCGUCUCAGGCGCCCAUGGCCUCGCACCCGCAGACCAGCAGUUCUCCCUUGAGGAAGUGCCAGAUCUCACUGGAAAGGUGGCCGUUGUAACUGGUGGUUCUGAAGGUAUCGGCUAUGGAUGCACGCACACGCUUCUGUCGAACAAUAUCAAGAAGCUAUUCAUCAUAUCGUGGAGCGAAGACAUCAUUGAGGAUGCGCUAAAGGCGAUCAAGGAAGAGAUGGGAGAGGACAAGGCCAGCAGAGUCGAAUGGCUAAAGUGCGAUCUCGCCGACUGGGAACAGACGGGCAAAACUGCGCUCGAGAUUGCUCAGAAGACAGACAGGAUCGACAUCUUGAUCAACAACGCUGCUCGCGGUAUCAUGACAUACCAACUGGCCAAGAACGGUGUCGAUUUACACAUGGCUUCUAACCACUUCGGCCACGUCGUCCUGACUUCUCACUUGCUACCCUUGCUCAAAUCCACCGCCGAGAAGGGCGACAAGGUCCGGAUAGUACAGUUAGGGUCUAACGCACACGAGAACGCACCGAAAGACACCAAAUUCGAGUCCAUCGAUGAGCUCAACACAGACCUUGGCCCAAUGGCACAAUACGGCCGCACAAAGCUCGCUACUAUCCUGUACGCGCGCUAUCUAGCCCGUCACCUAUCAUCUUCCCACCCCAACAUCCUGUCCAAUGCCACACACCCCGGUUUCGUCGAGACACGGCAGUCAGUUGACCACAUCCACGAAGCCUAUCCGCUCGGUGGCUAUGCAAUGAGUUACGGCCUCGCACCAUUCAAGAAGACACAGUUUGAAGGCGCAGUGAGCACCAUGUUUGCGGCGACCAAGACUGAGGGUACAGGCGAGUACAUUUGCCCGCCCGCGAUACGGGAGCCGGGUAGUGACCUGGCGAAUAAUGAGAAAUUGGGCGAGCAGCUAAUGGAUUUCACAUGGAAGGUUGUCAAGGAAAAGACGAAAAGUUCAAGCGCCGAUAAAGGUUGCCCAUUCAAGUUAUAUUAG